AUGGCGGCUCCCAUGCAACUGUUUGAUAAAGAACACUGGGAAUCGAUGCUGAGACAUAUCGACGAUACAAGAGAACACACGAUCAUUGCGGUAUGUAGCUUGGCAAUUGUGCUGUCGCUCUCAUUCCUGGGAUUGCGAUUGUACUCUAGAAGACUGGCGUGGGGGUAUUUGAAGCUGGAUUGGAGUGACUGGCUCUGCAUUGGUUCUGUGCUCUGCACGAUGGUUAUGACGAUUAAUAUGCUGGUUGGUAUCAAGUUUGGCCUAGGUCGACAUAUGCCAGCGAUCUUGAUCAUCGCCAACGCCACUCACCCUUCCGCAAUGGCCGGGCUGAAGCUCAGUCUCUUGGUCCUUUAUUACUCCAUUUUCCCAUCGCGGAGAUUCCGAUGGUGCUGCAUAGCAAUGGGAAUUUUUGUCAUGUUGUGGGUGAUAGCGUCUACGGUGUCUGGGGUCGCACUCUGCAUCCCAAUCCAAAAGCUCUGGGACAGCUCCGUUACGACGGGCUUCUGUGUCCCACUCAUCACCAUAGGGCUAGUCACCACCGCUUCGCACAUCUUUACGGACAUUGCCAUUCUCCUGAUGCCGGUGCCGCUGGUCGUGAAGCUCCAUACAUCGAGGGACAAGAAAAUCCUCAUUAUUUCGACAUUUAUGGUUGGGGGAUUGGUUUGUGCUAUCAGCAUCGCAAGACUGCCCCUCUGGAUGAACUCGGGUAGCGGUGGGGAUUUUGGCUGGGACAACAUUCCAGGUGGUAUGCUGGCCGUAGCAGAGAUCACAAUCAGCACCCUCGCAGCUUCGGCCCCAGUCUACGGGCCCUUGAUAAGUCAGGUCUGUAGGAAGAGCAAAGCAAACUUGAGCGGGCCGGGAACCAAUGGGGGCGGCACCGCCGAUGUCUUCACCCAGGGAAGCAAGGCAGAGGCUACGAGGGGUCCGCCCGUAGCUCCAGGUAGGUUUACUGGGAGGUCAAUCACAGUGACGGACGAGUUUGAGCUGCACACGUACCACAACGUGCAGGGUGGCUGGCGUCCGCUAAGUGACACAUCUGACGGAGGUACGGAUGGAUUAAGCCCCGGCUGA